AUGGCGGAACAGCAGGCCGUUACAAAAUCUCCUACGGGAUGUCCUUCCCAGUCCCCAGAGGCUGUAAACCAAGCAAACAUUCCCCCGGUUGCUGAGAAUACCGUCGAACCGGCAGCCGAUACUACAAGCGGCCAGGUCGAAGCAACAGUCGACGCUCUAGAGAACAGCGAGGAGGGAGACGGUUAUGAAACAGUCUCAGACGGAAGUUCCAACGAAACUGCAUCGUUAGCUUCAAGCAUUCGUGAUUUUAACUUCGAGAACAAGCGGCGUUAUCACAAGUUCAAGGAAGGCCGGUAUGCGUUCCCCAAUGAUGACGCCGAGCAGGAACGAGAGGACAUGAAGCACGCCAUGGUUGCCACUCUCUGUGGUGGUAAAUUGCACAGUGCCCCUCUGAAGAAUCCUCAGAAGAUCCUAGAUAUCGGCACCGGUACUGGGAUCUGGGCCACAGACACUGAAAUCAAGGGUAUUGAUCUCAGCCCUAUCCAACCAUUGUAUGUACCGGCACAUGUAUCCUUCAUCGUCGAUGAUGCCGAGGCAGAGUGGCUUCAACCUGAGAAUUCGGUUGACUAUGUUCAUGUGCGGAACAUGAGUGCUGCCGUCGAAGAUUGGUCGAGGCUAAUGUCCCAAGCCUAUAGAGUUCUCAAACCAGGAGGCUGGAUUGAGCUCCAGGAAAUGAAGUGGAGCUUCAACUGUGACGACGGAACCAUGCCUUCUACUUACGCCGUGACGAAAAUGAUCAAACUCAUUUGGGAGGGUCUUGGGAAAUUUGGAAUCGAGGCAGAUGUAGCAGACACCAACCCUCAACGACUGAAAGAUGCUGGCUUCAUUAACCAGGUUCAUGAUGUGAGAAAGGUUCCAGUUGGCGAAUGGCCUAAGAGAGAAGACCUGAAAAAGAUCGGAGCAUACUUCAAGGCUGUAAUAUAUGAUGGCCUGUAUGGAAUCACUGUUGGACCGCUUACUAGAGGACUGGGAUGGACUGCAGAAGAAGUGGAGGUAUUCUUGAUUGAUGUACGGAAGGAUCUGCUGCAGACGUCUAUCCACUCAUACGUAUUCUAUCACAGUGUUGCGGGCCAGAAGCCGGAGGAAACGGAAGUCACUGUCUAG